UUCCCAGCUACCUAGGUCCAUUCACAACGACACUGGAUUACCGACGCCGUUCGUAGAGAAGCUCCUUCCGCGGGCUCCUCCUCGAACUACACAGCAGGGGAAGCAAAGGGCUCACGAACCUGCCCGACGUAAACAAUGAAAAUGUCCGCGGCGGAGAUCAGCCAGAUCCUCAAGGAGGGCGAGCUGGAGAAGAGGAGCGACAACCUGCUCCAGUUCUGGAAGAGGAAGACGUGCGUCCUGACCACGGACUGCCUCAACAUCUACGCCGACACGCAGAAGCGCACCCGGGGCAAGGAGCUCAAGCUGCAGUCCAUCAAGAAGGUGGACUGCGUGGAGCGCACCGGCAAAUUCGUCUAUUUCACCAUCGUUACCACAGACCACAAAGAGAUCGAUUUCCGGUGCUCCGGGGAGGAGAACUGCUGGAACGCCGUGAUCACCAUGGCUCUGAUCGAUUACCAGAACAGAAAGGCCAUCCAGGACUUUAAAACGCGGCAGGACAAUGAGAGCGCGUCACCCGGGCAGCAGGAGAGGCGCAUGGCGAGGGCGCCCUGAGCCGCCGUGGGACAGUUUGCCACUCCUAAUAUGUGUCAAAAUGGACCAUACAUACGUAAUACGCGGACCAAAAGGAAGACGAGGUCAUCCGGUCCAGAUGAAGGAUUGUUCGAGACUGAGCUCUCGAGCGGCGGACGGAGAGUUUUUCAGAAGCUUCACACACAGGAAUGAACUCUGGACUUGUCCAAACUAUUUAAAAGUGUGCUCUCCGGAGAGGAAUGACUCCCAAAAACCAUGAUGUUAAUUUAUUUGUUCCCAGGAUAUAUGUUAUUACUGGCCAACAGCUUGUGUUUGUUUAAAUUAUUUUCUAUUUCAAGUUGUGUUGAGUGUAUUUAUUUGAAUAAAUAUUCCUGCCUUUUAUCGUAA